AUGUCUGUUCCGUAUCUCAUCAAUAGCGCCACCGGGCACAUUCCUGCCUCGGAGAGGAUUCCAGUUAUCGCCAGACCUUUCGUGAGCGAGCGAGCAAAGAAGACAUUGGAUCUGGUCGAACGAUUCGUCGAAGAAGAAUGCAUCCCCGCCGAUGCCGUCUUCUCCCAGCAGCUCAACCAAAAGGGUAGCGACACAGUGUCCCGCUUCGACGCUCACCCGCAGGUCAUUGAAGACCUCAAGGCCAAAGCCCGAAAACUGGGUCUCUGGAACAUGUUCCUGCCCAAGAACCACUUCAAGGAAGGUGCCGGAUUCUCCAACCUCGAGUAUGGCUUGAUGGCCGAGUAUCUGGGGAAAUCGGGCGUCGCCAGCGAGGCCACCAAUUGUGCGGCCCCGGACACGGGCAACAUGGAGGUGUUCGCCAAGUACGGAACCGAGGAGCAGAAGCAGAAAUGGCUCGGCCCUCUGCUGAAUGGCGAGAUUCGGUCGGCGUUCCUGAUGACGGAACCGCAAGUGGCCAGUAGUGACGCGACGAAUAUUGAGCUGAACAUGAGGAGAGAUGGCGACUACUACGUGCUUAAUGGCCAGAAAUGGUGGUCCAGCGGUGCUGGCGAUCGCCGAUGCAAGAUCUAUAUCGUUAUGGGCAAAUCCGACCCCAACAACCCGAAUCCCUACAAACAGCAGUCGGUCAUUCUCGUGCCCGCCGAUACGCCUGGCCUCACCAUUGAGCGCAUGUUGUCAGUGAUUGGCUUCGACGACGCGCCGCACGGCCAUGGCCACAUCUCCUUUAACAACGUGCGUGUGCACAAGAGCAACAUGAUCUUGGGCGAAGGACGCGGCUUCGAGGUCGUCCAGGGUCGUCUCGGACCUGGCAGAAUCCACCACGCCAUGAGAUCUGUUGGUGCUGCCGAGAGAGCGCUCGAAUACUUCCUGGCGCGCAUGAACGACCCAGCCAAGAAGCCCUUUGGCAAACUGCUGGCCGAGCACGGCAUCAUGCUGGAGCGGGUGGCGCGGUCGCGGAUCGAGAUCGACGCGGCGCGCCUGGCCGUGCUCAAUGCCGCCAUCAAGAUCGACCAGUCCAACGCCAAGGACGCCCUCAAGGAGAUCGCCGAGGUCAAAGUUCAGGUCCCCAACAUGCUGCUCGACGUCCUCGACCGCGCCAUCCAGGCCUACGGCGGCGCCGGCGUGUCCCAGGACACUCCCUUGGCCAACAUGUGGGCUAGCGGCCGCACGAUGCGCAUCGUCGACGGGCCCGACGAGGUGCACAUGCUGCAGCUGGGCCGCAAUGAGAAUAAGCGUGGCCCGGCGCUGCUGAAGCGCAUCGCCGCCCAGAAGGAGAAGACCAAGGAGCUGCUCCGCCAAUAUGGCCUGGAGCCCAAGGAUCCAUUGGCCUUGAGGCGGGUCAGUGGCGGGCAAUCGAAGUUGUAG